AGGAGAUGUCUGGGCCCACCGGUGCGGCCAUGGGAUCCCGACCGGGAACCUCGCGGAGUCAUUUGAUGAAUAAGUCCAUUCCAGGGUCCUUGACAGGAACAACCGACGGCUUGCGACCGGGAACAACCCCGGCAGGAAGGCCACUCACGUGCGACGCAAAGGCCGGGUCGCUGGAAAAGGUAUGCCAUAUUGCUUGUACGUGCUUCGCGUUUUAUUUUAGUUUGUCAAGAAACAGAAUCGCAUUGGAUGGAGGUAAGGUACCUUACUUUUGUGAUCACUUUUGUACUUCGUGUCUUUGCAUAUGCAUUUACUUUUGUACAACUUGAGUGCUGUGCACCGAACAGCACACGUUGCCUCAUUGCCACGCCUAUCUCCAUCAUCCUGUCAAUGCACACAACAGCUCGAGGGCGCGGACUUUCCGUUGUCGAGACCUAGCACGGCUGUGAUCGGGACGACGAAGAAGGUGGCUACGAAGGCAGUAACGGAAGACUUCAAGGAGACCUCGCACGGCAAGAACAAGCCGUGCGACUGGUUCGUGGUGGACACGCUGUUCAAGUUCAUCAUCCGCCGAGCCUGCCACGGGAGUCGCCACUUCCAGAAGGUGUGGGGCGAGUUUUUCGUGGAGGGGAACUGCCGCGACGCGGAGCUUGACGCCGAGGGGUAUGUGGAUCCGCGGAUGAAGUCAGCGUUCGACUGCAUGAAGAACCCCAUCCCGCGGGAGGUCGUGAAGCAGCACCUGCCGGGGUGCGAGUUCGGCAUGAAGUGCAACUGUCCCAACUACCUCAUUCCCGAGGGCCCCACCUCCUACGAACGCGCCGAGGGGUCCUUCGACCUGCGGCUCGCGGUCGCCAUGGUCGCGGGCGUAACGGGCAACUACGAAAUCUACUCUCUGGUCGACCCCGCGGAGUACGUGAAGCGCGACGCCUUAUUCGGUCGCGAGAUGUCCACCGAAGAGCGCGGCUUGCUCGCCUGCGCCGCAGCGCUAGGCGGGAACGCGAAACUGUUCAAACUAGCCAAGCCAGUCUUCCUGCAAUAUCACGGUAAAAUUCUUCAUCUUUUUUGUUGCAAGUGUCUGUCGUUAAUAUCAUUUUCAGUCUCGUGGCUACUGUUGUGCGGAAUUGGGAUUUUCACUUUGCCGCUUUCCUUGAAGACUGGGAAUUAGAUGAUAUUUCCAUUCGUGUCCGUGUCGGGUUUGUCCUUGUUUGCGCAUCAAUCACAAUUUCGGAGCUCCAAAUACACAACAGACAAAGUGAAGCUUUCGAUAUGCGCGGCGCUGGGACAGGCAUACGAGAUUUGGGAAAUGCUUGACGCCCCGAUGAUGAUUGACUACAUCGAUCAAGUAAAAGUGGUUACGGCGGCGAAAAUUGGAGGCCACAUGGAUUUGUACAGGAGUGCCUUGAGUCAGUGCUUCCUGACGGAAAACGAUGCCAAAAUGCUCGGCGAAAUCGAGUACGGAGCGGGUAGUUGGUUGAUGAACGUAAGAAAUCCACCAAGACCUGGCAUCCUUCUUGGGAAAAAAUAAUGAAAGUUGCAGUUUUAUCUGAAAUUAAUCCUGUAGUCCUUUGGUUUUUUUUUCUCCUCCAUGAGUCUGUGAGUUUUGUUUCGUACUAUCUUGUUAAGUGAGUCGCGUCCUACUUUUUGACGAACUUACAGUAUGUAACCGCAAUCGUACAGUAUCAUUUAAGUGUCAACAUGUUCUAGUACUAGUUUCUUUCUCUAGGGAUUUUCUGUAGAAUUCAACCUAAGGAUACAGAACAUACAGUAAAGAGGACAUGGGAUUCUUUGUCACACUUAAGUACUUCUUCUUCAAAAUUUUCAUUUUCUUACGUAUCAAUCUAAACAGGGUAAUAGGUACUACCCGGUAUUAAUCUCUGCUCGUCCCAGGAUUCUAUUCCAACACGACAAAGUAUGACCCAGCAUCCAUGAGCGCUCCUAGCGAGUGCUGCAAAGCAGUACGACGACGAGGCGGGUCACCCAUCGUUCCAUGAUAACAUCACGCCUACUGCCCCCCCUUGAGUUGCAACUAUCAUGCUCGUAGCCACCACCUCGAAUUUUGCAGUGCCAUCCCCGGCACUCCAUGAACAUCAACUCUCCUGACUACUACUUACAUUAGCAUUUUUGGUACGCAGUAAUCUUGUCUGCAUUCUGGACCUGCAAUUCUUCUGUCUGGAACUUGAAAU